AAUGGCAUGUAAGGAUAGUAGAUCUGCUGUUUCUGCUUAUUUAUCAGAACAAUCGGAAGAGGAGGGCGUACAAAUCAAGACACAUUAAUCAGACCAAGCAGAAUCUGUUUCCAAAGAAAGAUUCUCUCUACAACAUGCUGGAAUUAUCCAAAACUUCAAAAAAAUAUUCUGAAAAUGACCUCAAACGCAUCAAACUCGUUCAACCAAGUGUAUCUUGGUCUGUGGAAUAAGCCAGACGUCACCUGGUAUUUCAUUGACUUGUGUCCAAUUUAGGAAAAAAACAACAGAAUAAAAAUAAUUCUCUUCUUUGCUUUUCCCAAUAGGAUCCUGAAGAUAAGCACGAUAAGGUCGUCAGUGGUACUAAUCAUAGAAAGGCUUGAUCCCAGAUCUCUGAAAACAACCAGGUCAAACCAUGGAGAUUGAAGCUUUCUUCUUCUGUUUUCUCAUCUUCAUCAUCUCGUACUUCCUCACAAACCAACUCCUCCGGCAAAACAAGAACCUCCCACCAAGCCCUUCCUACUGCCUUCCCAUCAUAGGCCACCUGCACCUCUUCAAGAAACCCAUCCACCGGGCCUUUGCAGACCUUGCCCACCGCUAUGGUCCGGUCCUGUCCAUGCGAUUCGGGUCCCGCCCUGUCAUCCUCAUCUCCUCCCCCUCAGCGGCGGAGGAGUGCUUCACCAGGAAUGACGUGGUCUUUGCCAACCGCCCCCGGCUACUGGCGGGGAAACACCUCGGCUACAACUACACCACCCUCACGUGGGCCCCCUACGGUGACCACUGGCGCAACCUGAGACGCAUGGCUUCGGAGGAGAUAUUGUCCUCCCAUCGCCUGCAGAUGUCCUACAGCAUCCGUGUUGAGGAGGUCAGGUCAUUGGUCGGCCGCCUUCUCCGAGCAUCGGAGAGCAAAGAGUUUGGGACCGGGGAGAUGAAGACGUUGUUUUUCGAGCUGACACUGAAUGUCAUGAUGAGGAUGGUCGCCGGGAAACGGUACUAUGGAGAGAAAUCAGAGGAAUUUGAGGAGGCCAGGAAGUUCAAGGAGAUUGUAGCAGACACUUUCCAGUUAAGCGGGGCCACGAACAUGGUCGAUUUCCUGCCCGUUUUGAAGUGGCUUGACAUGAACAGUACCGAGAGGAAACAGGUCAUAUUGCAGGAAAAGAGGGACAGAUUCUUGCAGAAUCUGAUUGAAGAACAAAGGUCAACGAGGCGGCUUUCGACAAGUGAAGCUGCGAGCAGAACAAUGAUCGGCGUUCUACUGUCCCGCCAAGAAGCAGAGCCCGAGUACUACACCGAUGGAAUCAUCAGAGGAAUGAUUCAGGUCAUGCUAACAGCAGGGACCGAUACCAGCGCCGGCACAAUGGAAUGGGCACUAUCUCUUCUCUUGAACAAUCCCGAGGCCUUGGCGAAAGCCCAAGCCGAGAUCGAUGCUUACACAGGACGGGACAGGCUAAUCGAGGAGUCUGACCUGGCGGAACUUCCUUAUCUCCAAGGCAUCGUCACCGAGACGCUUAGAAUGUACCCGGCUGCUCCACUGAUUCCACCCCAUGAAUCAUCUGAAGAGUGCACGGUCGGAGGCUUCCAGGUCCGACGCGGCACGAUGCUAUUGGUUAACAUAUGGGCCAUCCAGAAUGAUCCGAAGUUGUGGGCCGAGCCUGGAAAGUUCAUGCCCGAGAGGUUCCAAGGCCUUGGAAUCGAAAGUAAUCUAGGCUUUACUAUGUCUCCGUUCGGGGCAGGUAGGAGGCGAUGUCCCGGUGAAGCACUUGCAAACCGGAUGGUCAGCUUGGCACUCGGGACGUUAAUUCAGUGCUUCGAUUGGAAAAGAACAGGAGAAGAAAUGGUCGACAUGACCGAAGGGGCGGGCCUGACCAUGCCCAAAGCUCAACCGUUAGUCGUGAAGUGCCGACCGCGUAAAGCGGUCUCGCACCUACUUUCCUAGUGCCGUGACUAGCUAAUGUGGAUUCUACUGGACAGUUUUCAUGAAAUAUUGUUUGUUGCCGAUGUUAGAAAGCGUGGACUUCAGCUUCAUUGGGUUUAAUAUGCGUUUUGCAGUACGGACAAAAUGGAGUGUAUGCGUAACAUCAAAAGGUC